GACUGCCUGACCAAGAACUCCUACAACGAGUCGCGAUGCCAACAUCUGAUCGAUGCGCUGUACGACUGCUGCGAAGCGUUCUACAAGAAGAACGGGGAUGAAGCGCGCACCGUCAGCUGUCCAAAGCCGAGCCUCCUCAGGCUGAAGCUGGCACAAAGGCAGAAGGAUUAA